GCGCGAUUGAGUCCGACGGGCAGCACGGUGCAGCAUCGCUACCGCCGAACGGGUAGGAGUGCCGCUUGGACAGCCAACGAGCCCUGCACGGUAGCGCCCCAAAGCCACUGGAAACGCACCGCAUAUUUUACGCCCCUGAGAAACUAAAAGCUCAAACAUGUCCGUGGGUAAUGACUUUGGGAACCCUUUAAGAAAAUUCAAGCUCGUCUUCCUCGGUGAGCAAAGCGUGGGGAAGACAUCUCUGAUCACACGCUUCAUGUAUGACAGCUUUGACAACACGUACCAGGCGACGAUUGGAAUAGACUUUCUAUCAAAAACCAUGUAUCUGGAGGACAGGACGGUUCGGUUGCAGUUGUGGGACACAGCAGGACAGGAGCGAUUCAGAAGCCUCAUCCCCAGCUACAUCCGUGACUCCACCGUCGCCGUGGUGGUGUACGACAUUACCAAUGUGAAUUCAUUCCAGCAAACCUCCAAAUGGAUCGAUGAUGUCAGAACGGAGCGAGGAAGUGAUGUCAUCAUCAUGCUUGUGGGCAAUAAAACAGAUCUUGCUGAUAAGAGGCAGAUCACCAUCGAGGAGGGCGAGCAGCGGGCGAAGGAGCUGAGCGUGAUGUUCAUUGAGACCAGCGCCAAGACGGGCUACAACGUCAAACAGCUCUUUCGGCGUGUGGCUGCUGCACUUCCUGGGAUGGAGAGUAUGCAGGAGUCAAGCAAAGAGGGCAUGAUUGACAUAAAGCUGGACAAACCGCAGGAACCCACCACCAAUGAAGGGGGCUGCUCCUGUUAAUAGCCUCCAACCAGACACCUUCAUUUACACCACAUGCUUGUUGUGUUGCUUCCUAUUGGUUAGCUUCCAGUUGAGUUUUCAAGAUUGGAUAUUUGGCACUCACAUUUGACCACGGGUCACUGGUUGGAAACAGUGUUACAUCGUUUUCAGUUGUAAAAUAGUGUACUUUAUUAACGAAAUUGCCAAAAAAAAAAAAACCCAAGUCUUAAGCAUUUAAAAAAAACAGAAAAAAGGUUCCAACAGUCCAAACGUGUAUACUUUUUUGAAAAAGUAGAAUCGUAGUUUUUUGGUUUUUUUUGUUUUGUAUUUUUGUAUACUCAAGGAAAAGUUAUAAAAAGGAGUAGACAAGGGGUAUAAAACUUUUGCUAGAAGGUGAAAGAUUGUAACUGACAGGGACGCAGAACAAUAAUUACUGGAUGAAGAUUCAAAGCAAGCGUGCAUGCAGACCCUUCAGUUGUUGUUGUUUUGAUAUUUUUCUUCCACUAGAUUCUGUCCACUGGUGUAUGUGUACACAGAUUUGACUAUGUAAGCGCUUAAUUACACCUGUGAAUUCUAAUGCAUUGUAUCGAAAUGUCAUAUUUUCCUUUUUAUGUUUUGUGAGUGUUUCAGUGUACUUCGGCGAUGGAGCAGGCCAGGAGAUGACCAUUGUACAGGGUCUAGGCUCAACCUUGUCAUUGAGAGGCAUUUUUGAGUCUUUGUCAUAUCUUGGUAGUCCUGGCUUGAACAAUGCUCUCCACUUCUCCAAGACUUUCUCUCACACGCCAGGAUUUUCUCACGUCUUGCGAAGGCACAUGAGCACAAAUGAGUAUGAUGUCUCUCUCAUUUGUACGAUGUGUCCUCAGCCGUGACUGUUGUAGUGCCCUGCGAUUACUGUCGCUGAAAGAUCAUCAAACUUUUACAUUCCUAUACCUAAGUACAUAACAGCAGACAGGUGUGUACACGUAGCGCUUGUCAUAUAGUCCUGUUUCACUGUAAAUAUAACCUGCUAUUUGCUUUCAGAUCGAAGACUAUGGUAAUUCUACAAGAGCAAUGCCAUUGACUACUAACAGUUAGCGUUAGGCAGAGUUUUAAGCAUUUGUUAGGUGUGUCAGGGCCCCACUGUGGUCUGCCUGUGCGCGUUGUAGGCCAGUCAGCUGUGGUAUGCUGGCCAUGAGGUCAGGCACUGUGCCAUAGCAUGCACUAUGUUUAUUUGGUGUGAAUCUCCAAUGCACUUUUAAAAGAAAGAUGUACGCGUUCCAAGGUUGCCGUCAAGCCGAAUGUCCCGCAGCUCGCUGUAAGGUAGCGGUCAUGUCUGUGAGGAGAUCAAUAAAUCAUCUGUAUAGCUGCUUGAUCCCUCGGUACCUGGGUGGAGUAAUUCCUGGGAGGAAUGGCUCUCUUUCCAGAGUUCCAGAGUGAGCCCAGUGAAGCCUUCACACUUUAACUGCGGAUGCCAGAAUGGAGAGUGUUCGGCUCAUGGGGAAAGAAAACAAUAAAAAUUGGGGAAAAACGACAACAAUACAAAAAAACAGAACAAAUAGUAGUUUGGGAAUGCUAUCCCAGAGAACAACCUUUAUAAGCCACUGUGAAUUCCCUGUGAUUCGCACAGCAUUUGCCGUGAGAGGGAGAUAACUUAUUUACUGGUGACUCGUCCUGCACUGUACGACAAACUCUGGUCAGGUGUCCCGCUGUGUAAUAACUCCGCUUUUAGUCGUGACGGCCACUUCCUAACCGGAGCGUCUCCGCUCCACGUGUGUGUGCUUCUCAUGACCUGCCUGGCUGCCUCCUGCUCACCCUGUUCCUGAAUGGACAGUGAUGGGAACUGAUCGUGCAGACGAAGCUCUCCACCCAAGCUCCGAAGGGAGACGACUGUGAACCGACACAUCCUCACCAACUGCUCCGUCCGCGUGAGAACACAGAAUAGACCUCAUUCUGUGUUGGUCCCUGUUCGUGAAGCUCGGUUUUGACCUCUUCUUUUCUGGUGCCUUCACGGAUUGUUGAAAGGUACUGACCCCGACAGCUUAACGGUAUGCAUAGGGUUGCUAACAUAGAGUGCAGAAGACUGGGGCAUGAAGACAUGUUAUUGGUUGGUUUAUUAAUGUUUUGCUUUUAGCACCUUGUGACAUUUUGUUUACAAUUUUUACUUUUUACCUUUUGCCCUUAUGUGUUAUGUCACCAAAUGAUGAAAUCUAUUGUAGAGAGUCAAGCUAUUAUAUAAUUUGGCAUGAACAGGAUGUAUACUGUAUAUAGGCUACCCUUUAUGAGGUGUGUACCUAAACAGCAGUGAAUAUGUGAUUUCUUCAUUCUUCUGUUGGCACACUACUACACACCAUUCUUGGCAAAAUGUCUGUGUGUAAGUUGGGCCCUGCUUUAAGGGAUAAGGCCAUUCCUAGUGUAAAUGUUUCAACUCAGAGGAGCAGGUCUGAUUGAUUCAGGGCUGCCUCUCCAUUCACAUUGUACACAGAUCUAGCAUGUCUGUCCAAACUGAUAAAAAUCGAUUAAAAAAAGUCUUAUUGCCUAAA